AACCCUAUGGCUACUUGCCGGCUCUCAUCGAGCCACACACAACAAAAGAACAAGUGUACCAAAUUGACAUUGUUCACACUGCAUCCAGCAGUUUGCCAUACAUUUUAAGCUAAACUCGCUGAUUCAGAGAAAUUUGCUGCUCCAUCUCUCUCUGUCUUGCUCUCUCUCUCUCUCUCUCUCUCUCUCUCCCCCUCUCUCUCUCUGUAACAUUGCUUCUUCCCCACUUGCCGUGUGUGGCAGAUGGCACUUCAUUUGAGCUGCACAGUACAUCAGAGCAUAUUAAGCAACCAGUCUGCAAUGCUGAUCCACGACAGGACUCCGAUAGCAAGGUAGAGCAAUAGCUUUUCGUUGUAAGGUUCCACCUCCCCGACUGGAAUUGAAAGCAAAACACGACCACUUUCCGAGGGAGGGCUUGCUCGUGGCUCGUGUGGCAUUCCUGGUUUGUGCUGCUCGACCCGGCCAGGGGAAAGAAAGUGUCAGGACAAAAACACUUCGGAGUGGGAGUGCAAACAGAAACAGCUGCUCUUGUACCAGCACCAUCAUAGCUGCUACCUCCAACGCCGGUGAGCAGUUCUGUCAUAGCGUUAAAGUCACACAACGAAGAGAAGGCAAGCAGAAAGAAUAUUCGGCUGGUUGGCACAUCAUGGAUGGGAGUCUACCAAAGCUUCUGCACCAAGACUGUGUAACAUCUUCAAAAUAUGGGGCACAGACAGAGCACAAUUCUCUCGCUUCAGGGAGUAAUGGACCAACAGAAUGGAGCUACAGCAGCUCAGAGCCCAAUUCCCUCACGGAUUCUACAUCUCAUAGUCACUCGCCAACCUCUUCUGUUGACUCUUGUCGAAUUUCCCCUCGGUCUCUCCCUCGCACGUCCACCCAAGCUGCCCGCAGCCACCCGUGUAAAAUGAACAGCCUGCCAGCACCUGAGGGGGAGGAGGGGGAGGAGGGUCAGCCGGUGAGGAAGGUCCGUUUACGUUAUCCCGGCAAAGAGAGGCAAAGCGCCAGCGAGAGGGAGAAGCUGAGGAUGAGGGGCCUGGCCAAAGCCCUGCACAACCUGAGGACCUACCUACCCCCUUCGGUGGUCCCCGCGAGCCAGAGCCUGACCAAGCUGGAGACCCUCCGCCUCACCAUCCGCUACAUCUCACACCUCACCGAGCUGUUGAGGUUGAGUGAGGAGAGCCCCUCGGAGGGCAGCGACACUGAGGGAACCUACCAGGGCUACCCUCAGGACCUGGGCUACUGUCAGGAUAAGUCACAGAGCCCUCCAUCAGAGUGUCUGGCACAUUCAGCCGACUUGAUAAUGAAAAGCGAGAGCCAUGUGCUAUCAGGCUUUCAGGAUGUGACACUCUGUCAGAGUUUCACAGAGAACAAUGGGAAUCUGCAGCUGGUCCCCUGGUAUCCAUGGCAACAUUAAGACCCCUCUGGGCCUGACAUAUUCUGAGAAAUUAGUCUCUUGAUAAUGAUAUUAAGUUAAGUAUUUUUUCAUGUAGAUGUUUAUUUUGUUAAGCAUGUGGAAAUUAUUUGAUAUAUUUUUGUUA